CCUUAAAGCAAGUCGCUUGCUCCUUUCCCGGGACACUCAGCACAUUUUUACACACUGACCCAUCAAGGAAAAACCCCAUCUACUGUCAUUUGGGAGUCACUCCGACUUCUGAAGACAAACGCACCCUGAGACCCUUGCAAGUUUAUCAUGGACACAGAGGAAAUCUGAACACGACUGCUCUGACCGAGUGCGUUUCUUUCUGUCACCCAUUUACGUUCCAAUUCGUGGAUAAAAUUCGUGGACGAAUUCACGUCGCCAAAGUUCCACUCUUCGCGUUCUGCUUCUGACCUCGCACCUCCGACCUCACAGAGGGCGGUGAUUCUCUCAGAGUCCGAAACUGACACGCAACAGGGCUUUUACAAGAAGCUCGGCAGAAAUACACGGAAACCAUGAGGUGCCUCCUCCUCUUGCUCCUCUGCCCGACAGUCUUCACAGAUGCCUGCCCCCGAGGCUGCAGCUGCAGCAAUCCCAGCAACAUCUUCUGUAUCAAUUCACAGCUUAAGUCUAUGCCUGAGGGACUCCCUGAAGACACAAAGAACCUCUUCCUUUUUCAGAACGGCAUCUCCUCUCUGAGUGCAGAGAAAUUUGCUGGACUGGACAGCUUGGAGCUACUGGAUCUCUCCCAGAAUUUAGUCUCUGAGCUGCCCAGCCAAGUGUUCAGACCCCUGUCUUCCCUCCGCAACCUGGAUCUGUCCUCCAAUGAGAUAGUGGAGAUAUCCAGAGGGAGCUUUGCAGGCUUGGGCUUGCUGGAGCGCCUCUAUCUUAAUGGCAACCGUAUCAAGAGCAUCCACCCCUCAGCCUUUGAUGGCCUAGGCCACCUGCUAGAGUUGAAGCUGCAGAACAAUCAGCUCACUACGCUACCUGCCCUUCACGUGCCCAAGCUGCUUCUCCUUGACAUCAGCUUCAACAAAAUCCCUUCGCUGAGACCGGAGGACCUCCAGACAGUCAACCUCGAGUCUCUAAAGAUGGCAGGAAUGGGCCUCAGCUAUUUGGAUGAUAACCUCCUGAAGAGCUUAGGUAACCUUCAUGACCUGGACCUGUCUAAAAACCAGCUGAAGGCAGUGCCUGCUGCUCUUAAACAGGCAAGAGGCCUGACCAAGCUCAGCCUAGCAGGCAACACCCAGGUGAUCCAGCUCAAGAAGGAGGACUUCCAGAAUCUGGAGUCCCUGCAAGAGUUGGACCUGAGCAAUCUCAAUCUUCAGGGCUUUCCUGAAGGCUUCCUGCAGCUAUUUUCUCGGUUGCACACACUCUCUGUGGCUGAAAACCCUUUCAACUGCAUAUGCCCAUUGGCCUGGUUUCCCCCUUGGGUACAGAGCAGCAAGGUGCAUUUGCAAAGGAAUGAGGAAACCAGAUGUCACUUUCCCCUCCUCAACGCAGGAAAGAUUCUUAAGACCCUAGAACACAAGGAGUUUGGAUGUCCUACCACCACCACCAUGAUGACAACCACUUUCACCACCACCACCCCUGAUCCUCCUGUUAUCAGCACCCUCUCGACAACCACAAUGACCAUCACCACUUCAAGUGAGAGUCCUCUGGCUGAUGACGAGAGGUCCCCUCCUCCUGGCUCCCCCGAACCCAACAGCAGCUCUGACCCAGACGUUUGGUUCUGCCCCUCCAACAUCUGCCUCAAUGGAGGCUCCUGCCAGCUGGACCACAAGGGCAACCUGGAGUGUACCUGUCCCACAGGCUCCUGGGGGCUCUACUGUGAGGAGAAGGAGGACACGACUCUGCCUGUAUCCACCCCAACUGUAACGACGGAGCCCGCCAUCAGCCCCAGGGCAGCCACUAGCACCUCCAUCCUGGUGGACCUCCACCGGUACAUCCAGGCACGGCCUCAGCUCAGGGGGAUCCGGCUCACCUACAAAAACUUGUCGGGGCCGGACAAACGCCCCGUGCAGAUCAGCGUGCCGGCCUCCUACCCCGAGUACACGCUGCGGGGGCUCAGGCCCAACUCCACUUACCACAUCUGUGCCAGCCCCCUGGCGGAGCCAGGGAAAGAGGACAGCUUCUGCAUGGUGGCCCGGACGUCCUCCGUCCCACAAACCCCUGCUCCCGUCACCCAGACCAAAGACGCCGAGCUGACCGCCAUGAUCAUCCCCUUGGUGGCGGUCGUCCUGCUGAUUGCGGUGGCGGCGGCGGGAGCCACUUAUUACGUCCGCCGGAGGCGAGCGAAGGGGCACCCGGACCUGGGCGCUGACCCCUGCCCCUUGGAGCUGGAGGGUGUGAAGGCUUGCCUGGAGAACGGGGCCCUGCCCCAGAAGACACCUGAGCUCUCGCAACCCCAGAACGGGUUGGAAUAUGAGGUCCCGUUGAUGCAGGGGCAGAAUCCCGCCAACAACAACGUGGCGGUGUUGAAACCCUCUUACUUCUGACUUGGACCAGCUCUGAACUCUGUCCACUAGGGGGAGAACUCUUCCCCUGCCCACGCUGGCAGUGCAGGGACACUGAGAUACCGCCUGGGGAGAAAGUUCCGACGACCGUCAAGAGAGCAAAUGAUUGAAUAUUCAUUUAAGUGCAAUUAUUGGUGGAAUACGUAACAUCUUAUGGAAGAAUUAUUUUGAAAUAACGGUGUGUUUCUAUGUGUAUAUAGAGAGAGGAAGGACAGAGAGAUAACUUAAGUGCCUCACAUCAUGUUCAGCUUUUUGCUGUUUGACUGUGGUUUUCCCACAUGACGCUUGUUGGACGGACACGCAAGGCUGUGCGCUGGAGAAGACGUUGUGAACAAAAAUAUAAGAACUUCCUUAUGUUCGGCUCAUUUUUAGGCUAACGGUGUACUCCGUGCUAGCAAUUUCUGUGUAUGGUGCACUGGAGGGGUCAAAGGCCACGCACAACAGGUUCCCAUGGAAACAGAGAGGUGUGCCUGUAGCACCUAGGGACAAAUCAUGAUAACCUGACCUAGCCUCUCACCCCGCAAGGACCUCAUCAGCCAUGCUCUUCUAGAGACCCUAGAAAUGAACACUACAAACUGUACUGUAAGUCAAGCUCUGAUGGCUGAAAUAUUAGGAUACUUUAACACCACACACUCCACAGCCUGCUAAAGUUAUUACCUGGAGAACAGCUGGCAUCAAAGGCACUGAAAGGCAUAGGCAGGCCUACAGAGCUCUGUCUCCACUGCAUUAGUGACCCUUCUGGAAUAUGGGAAAGAACACAGUCAUUCCCUUGAUCAGACAAGGUUCAAUCCUGUUUGUUUUCACAACCAGGUCAAAGAAUUUACCCGACAAACGUAUGCUAAGUAAAGGUUCUAGCUGUAGGUAUGGCAGACAAUCCCCCAAAGACACAAAAAAUAAGCGGUCAACAGGUACUGUAGAGAGAUCGCCGCUGGAUUUGUUUUUUUGGGGUUCUAACUGGCUUAACUGUAAGAAGAGCUGGCAUUUUGCAAUUUUAGCAGGAAGCAAGAGUGUCUAGUUUGGGGUACAUUAAGGCAUGUUGAAACCAUUUCAGUAAAGAUGACUCAUAAAAAGCAAAUGAUUGGUAAAUAAGACUAAAAUAGUACAAUGACAAAACUAACAACAGACCUUCUUAAAAGGGUUUUUAUGAAGAUAUUUGGUGUAAGAAACUUUCAGAAAUUGUGGUAACAAUGCAUGUAGAGCAGUUUAAUUUAAUCUUUUGGAGAGUUUUUAGAUAUUUGGAUGUUUCAUCAAUAAUGGAAAGGAUUAAGGUAAAUAUUGGAAACAGCAGAACCUUACAAUGAACCUUGAGUGGCAUGCUGGGAACAGCAACAUUUAUGAAAAUCACAGGCUUAACGAAGACAUGCAUGUCUUUUUGUAGUUAAAUCAGUUCUUUUUCCCAGUUUAUAUUCUGUGCAGUUCUAAACUGCCGUCUUCCAUUUUUAUAGACGGACAGAGCUUAAUCAUUUUCAAAGGCUGUCCGGGUUCCUGUCCGCUUUGAAUAUUUCAAACUCAAUCUAGUUACUGCUAAAAGAAAAUGAUUAAGUCCUGCCUAGGAAAAAAAAAUACAGGAAUGGUAGAGGUUCACCAGAACUGCAAUUAAGAAACACUGACCAACUAGUCACCAUUUCCAGUUCGGCACAGGUAAUGAUGGGCUUCGCACCGAGCAGACACAAGGCACCACUUUCAAAUGAAAAAUCACAACCAGAUAUUGGCUUUGGAGCUGGCAGCUGGCAGGUUUUGAUUUAAACUGGCUCCAUCUCUUGGAUUUUUAACUGUGGACUCAUGUCUACAGAAGAGGCAGUUAUAUAAAUAAAUUCCCAAAGUUCACUGCUAGAACGUUGCCGGGGAAACGUUUUCUGGAAACUUCAGAGCCACAACCUCGUACAGCCUGAUGCCACCCUCUGGGGGACAUCCAUCACAAAGGCACAGCACAGCCUGGAGGAGGUGCUUGGGUCACUACAGAGAUGAGCGGCCUUUUGUUACGAGCGACUGACUCGAUGUAAAUACAUGUUUAGACUGACGGGCCUGGUUGGGGCGGUGAACAGAUUCAGCCCGGCUGGUAACCUGGUGGGGUGCGGGCGGUGAGAGAGGUUGUCCCCAUGGCGGAGGGGGAGAAGGGGGCAACAACAGAUUGACCUCUGUGAGGAAACUCUUUACCUUUUUAAGCACUUGUCCCAAAGUUCCAGAACUCCUUCGAAAUGCCUUUUUGUUUUCUUUCUCUUCAUUUUCCCACUCCGGUCUACACUUAAAGCCUGCUUUUUAACCUUGUACAUAAACGAAAUCAGUUAAAAUAAAAGAAAACGCAGAAAACUUGAACUGGAACCUGCAGCUUGGUGACAAGAGAGAUUGAAAGUAUUCUGAAUAUUUUCGAUGUGAUUUGAUUUUUUUUUCCCUGUUUAUUUUGGGAAGUUUCUCUCUCUUUAGAGAUUUGUGCUUAUUUGUAAAACACAGGGCCCCUUUUAAAGCAGCAAUUAAAAGAAACAAAAGGAAAACUUUAA